GGCGGAGCUUGGGAGGAGGCGCCUGGGAAGCUUUCGGCGUUGCCAUGGCAGCGGAGACCUGGCAAGAGAGGAAGAGCCCGGCUGCCGUGGCGGCUGUUUGGCAGGAACAUCUAUUCUAAGCCCCAGGCACUCUGCCAGUUGGUGGAAUGACAUCUGCUUGGCAACAUGGCAAGUUUGCUGCUUAACCAAAACUGCAUGGACAGCUUGCAGAAGGACAUCACCGAUCUGCAAGGGACUGUCAUCAGUGUGUUCUCCCGAGCUGGGGCUGUGCGAUAUCCCUCCUGGAAGUUUCCUGAUAAGGUGUCCUGUGACCUGGACCUAGUUGCUUUGCUAGAGCGUUACGACUUUGCUGAGAAUGACCCCGAAUUGACCCAUCAUUCCCAUGUGAUUCUUCUGGAACUAGUUAUUGACAGGCUGCUGUUGCUGCUUCAGAGCUUCACCAGAUACACGGAGAACCUAAUCAGUGAACAAGCCGUGCCCCCAUCCAGGGCGACAGGACCUUGCAUGUCUAUCGGGCUGGCAGUGAAGAAAUAUUGGAACAGCAUGCUGAAACUGGGAGCCAUCUACCAACAGCUGGCGGCUGAGAAGAAUCACAGUAAAGAAGAUGCUUCCAGCGUGAAUAGUUCCUUACAGGUAGUAAAAGCUGAACGUUUACAAAGCUGCUCCUCAGAGCAAUCGGAGUCAGAUAUGACUUUACUGAGUUUCCGAUCUUCCCCGUUAACCUUAUCGGCCAGCAGCAGGUUGCUGGACAGUUGCCCCGUUGUCCCCUCCGAGGCAAAGUCGCCUCCUAGUGUCCCCAAGCCUGUCCGCAGCAUCCACUGUCAGACUGUCGAGUCGUCCCUGGUGCCUUGCGAUGCGUGCGAGAGGGCCCAGGUCAGCCUCCGGGAAGUGGGCAGCGCCAUAAUCAAUAUCUGCAACAGCCAGAACCUCCCAUCAUCUCUGAGCAGGUUCCUCAAGAUGGUUGAGGAGACCCUCGGUCACAAGCCCCUCACAGCCAUAGACAUAAGCUACUGGGCAUCCGAGCAGAGCAAAGACCUCUCCCGGAUCAACAAACACCUCCGAACACUGAUGGAGCUCAUCAACCCUCUGAAGGGGGAGCUGGAAGAGUCCGAGAAGGAGAAGGACGAGCUGAGGAGGCAGCUGGAGACCUUUGGCAGCCGCCUUCAGAAGGAAAAAGAGGACCAAGAGCAAGUGAGGAAGGAGGCGGAGUUGUCGUUUGAAAAAAAGAAUGCAGAGAGCUUGCAGCUGGUGGCCACUCUGGAGAAGGACAAGGAGGACCUCCAGAGCAGGGCUGCCGUCUUCAAGCAGAACGUCUCCGCCUUGAAAGGGAAGCUGCAGCUGCAGGAGGGCACCAUCCAAGAACUGGAGCGAGCCAAGAGCGAUCUGCUGCAGGAGAUGAGGGUGAAGAUGGUGGACAAGGCUGAAGCGAGCAAGCUGGAAGACCAGCUGGAGGUCCUUACUAGUCAACUGGAGAGCGCCAAGCAGCAGCUGAACUGGGCCAGCACUGAGCUUGAGAAGGAGAAGGCCAAAGUGGAGAGCAUGCUCCGGCACAAAGAGUCCCUGCAGGCCAAGCAACGAGCUCUAAUGCAGCAGUUGGAUAAUCUGGACCAGGAAUGUGAGCAGCUGAGGACCGGCCUGGCUGAUGGGGAGGAGGACCGGUACAUGAUGAAGGAGCGGCUCAAGGAGAUGCAGGAGGAGAAGUGGGAGAUCCAACGCCAGCUGGAGGCCCAGCAGAAGCUGACCGAGCAAGCACAGCAGGAGAAGCUGAGCUUGGAGCAGUCUGCGUCUGAGCUGCGAAGGACCAUCUCCGAGCUGGGAGACCUGAUCCAGGAGAUGAAGGAGAGGGAGAGGCUCUUGGUGUCCUUCCCAGACCUUCACAUCCCAGUCGAGACGCAGUUUGAAAGCACCGGGAACGUCAUGGAGGACAUUUGUAAGCAGCUCCAGGCCAACAACAUCCGCAUCAGCAUCCUGGAGGAAGAGAACUCGCGUCUCCGGGCAGCGGUGGCCAGAGUGAAAGAGGCGGCACAGCAGGAAGGGCCAAAGCUUCUUCCUCCAACCCAGCUGUGGAGUCAGUCCGUCUCCAGAAGCGGUUAUGAACAGACUGGGACGUACCCUCCCACGGGGCAUCCAGUGCAAGCAGGCGCCCAGGGAGCGGCGCUGAGGCCUCCUACCAAUCCCGCCAGCGCGGAAAGCGCCUCCCAAAACAGGUCACGGAGCCACCGCGCUAGCCCCAGGGACGGCUCUGCCUUCCGAAGGACUCUUAGCAGCCAGCUGUCAAAGCCACCGUCGGGAGAGGCUGUCCGGAAGGCGGUGUUCACCUUUGCCUGCGAGGACCCAGCCAUCAGCGCCUAUGUCCGGGCAAAAGGGAGAGGCAGAGCCCUGGGCCACCCGCACCGUUGCACCCGGAACCACCAGAAAUAAAAGCCCUCAACAGAAUGUGUCCAGAGGGUGGCUAAAAUUGCAAAGCAGAGGCAGGUGUGGGGACUGGUGGUCAAAAGGAGCCAAGAGGCUGGACCACAUGAGACCAAGAAGCUCACCUCAUCAUCUCUCCUUCCCCCAAAAUCAUUGGUUUAAUACUGUUGUAGUGCUCCUCUGGUCAUCGCAAAGGCCAUCAAAGACUUUACAGGGUAGUUGCUGAGGUCACGAAGCCAGGGAGGGAGGAAUUCAGCAGGGCCUCUGAUGUUCCGCCAAAGGUGCUGGGUGUCUUAUGCCCCCCUCUGACCAGUGUCGUGUGAUACACACAACGGAGAGAGCCCAGAUUACAAAACAAGCACCACAGUGUAGGGAACUGGGAUUCAAUUAAAAAAAAAAUAGCACUUGCCUGCCCUUUCCAAUCAGAUUACAGUUUGUAAAGACCAGAAGGAAAGAGGAGAAUGGGAUCAGCCCCUUCCCCUGAAAUUCAGGCAGUUCUGACCUGCUGUGGGAGGCAGCCACCCGGCGUGGAUCCUGCCCUCUUGAAUGGAGCAGGGAGGAGGACAAGAGUCUCUGAGUGAGACUGGACCUCCCAAGGCGGACUGGGGAGGUGGGGUGAGCUCCUCAGUAACAUGCGUCUCUGCGGAAGAACUUGGUUAUAGGACAGUGACCUUUGGGAGGGCUGGCGGCCAGCAGGCCCUCUCUCCAGUUAAGGUAACUUCUGCAAUAAAGUCUCUUCCAGAUCUUACAAGCCCACUCCGGGGCUCCUGUUUUCCAGCAGUGGCGGAUGGGAUCCUCGGAUAAGGAGCAACGCAGCCCAGGAUCCCCUCUAUCCUCUGCAGGAAAUUAAAGUAUCAUUGUAGUGUCAGUGUUCCAAUUUGUCUUAGUUCAUUUUCUACCACCCUCCCACCCCCCUCUAAGUGGAAAGAGAAAUACCACUACUGACAGUCCUGCUGAAAGUAAUUUUUUUCCUUUGACCUUGGGGAGAAUCAAAGACGUUUUGUCUUAACUUGGGUGAAAAAGGCUGAGAGGAUUCCAGACAAGCACAUACCCAUAAAAGAGAAGAAGAGUAAAUUGAAAUGGGGUGCAACAUUUG